GGGUCCAAACUCGCCGCCGCAGAAAAGUAUUUAAAAAAGCGAUUAUUACCUACCGCUUUUUCGACUUAUUUAAAAAGCGAUUAAUUACCUAACGCAGCCACCAUAUAUUCAAGUCGCAAUUAAGAAGCUGUUUGGUUUGCUCAGUAUUCCGUCACCAACCACCACAACUCAUCGACGCGAAAAAAUGGCAGUGACACCCAAAAUUGCUCCUUCCAUGCUCUCAUCCGACUUCGCUAAUUUGGCUUCCGAAGCUCAUCGCAUGAUCAAUUACGGCGCUGAUUGGCUUCAUAUGGACAUCAUGGAUGGGCACUUUGUUCCGAAUUUAACUAUGGGUGCUCCAAUCAUUGAAAGUUUGAGAAAGCACACAAAGGCUUAUUUGGAUUGUCACCUGAUGGUUACAAAUCCUCUUGAUUAUGUUGAACCUUUGGGAAAAGCUGGGGCUUCUGGGUUUACGUUUCAUAUAGAGACAUCAAAAGACAACUGGAAAGAACUUAUUCAAAGUAUUAAGUCACAACGCAUGAAGCCUGGUGUAGCGAUAAAGCCUGGAACAUCGGUUGAAGAGGUUUAUCCUCUGGUUGAAUCCGAAAAUCCCGUGGAAAUGGUUCUUGUCAUGACAGUAGAACCUGGAUUUGGAGGACAAAAAUUCAUGCCAGAGAUGAUGGAAAAGGUUCGAAUACUGAGGAAGAAGUAUCCAUCACUUGACAUAGAGGUCGAUGGUGGAUUAGGGCCUUCAACCAUAGACGCAGCUGCAUCAGCAGGAGCGAAUUGCAUUGUUGCUGGAAGUUCAGUGUUUGGAGCCCCCGAGCCAGCUCAUGUUAUAUCCUUACUGAGGAAUUCUGUAGAGAAAGCACAGUAAACAGAGUGAAGAUCUGCCAUUUCUAUUGCGGUACACGUCGCAACUUCACACAAUCAAUAUGCUUGGUGUGCUAACAUUUUCAAGUCAAAUAAGAGAUCAAGUUUACAUGUGUCUAUUCAUUGUGCAAUUAACAAAUACUGUAAAGGCAUAAAAGGAAUGACACAUAACGCUGUCACCUAAAUCCUUUGUUGAAUAUUUUGAAGUUUACAUUUAAAUUUUGAUCUACUUGUGGCUUUUUAUUUA